GCACUGACACUCUGGCGCAGCAUCGCAGUAAGCUUUGAGCAGUUAGCGAGAACGGACGGAGUUUCGUGCGAGUCGUUUGACCACAAUACAGGGUUUACCGAGUGGCUUUCAAAUGUGAACAUAUUUGUCCUUUGCUCGCUUGAUGUUUUUCAGCAGCUUUCAAAUAUUCUAUUUGUAUUAAAAUAAAAUAUAUUAUUUUUGUGUAAAUAAAAAAUCUGAUAGCUGUUGAAAACAGCAACAGCAAACAUUCCGAGGGCAGAGAAUAAUGCCUUUGUCAGCAGAAAGUUGCUCAAAAAAACCUAUUUCUACCAACACAUCUCCCAUCCUUUGCAAUGAUCCUCGUUUGGAUGUACUGUGUCUGCCUGACGGUUUUACUGGUAGCAGACACCAGUACCGGCAAUGACUGUACCAUAACAAAUAGGUCUAGAGUAUGCUGGAUAGUUGAAUGCCCAGGUUCAAAUGUUCAUCUCUCGAUCAACGUUAAAAAUCGCAAACUUAAUGUGACAUGUUUCGACAAACCAAACUUUGAGCUGCUUCGGGACCAACCCAAUCUACGGAGCCUCACUUUUAACCAGCUGAUCUAUCAAGAGUGCCCACUUCCGGUUGGUUAUCAGUCGCUUCUGGAGUUCCUUUCAGCCUUUCUCGAUCACACCCAACUAUCAUAUAUUGUUGAGUUGAUUUUAAUAAACAAUGCAGACCUAUCAGCGAAUGUAACGCUUGAUCCGCCGCUAUUUGCCGGACUCCACAAACUACAAACUCUUGUGAUCGAUAAUUAUGCUGUAUCGUUCGACAAACCACUGCCGCUCCAACAACUGCCAAGCGGUGUUAAUCGCUUUUCGGGUUCAAUUUUACACCAGCUCCAGCAAAAACAGCACCGCCAUUCCAUUGCUGAAGGUGAUUGGGAAAUGAAUAUUGAACAUUGAAUUGAACACUUUACGAAGCUACCGAGCUUGACUUAUUUUAACAUCAGUUCGAAUCAACUGAUGUCACUACACGAUGACAUGUUCUAUGGACUUCCAAACCUCACAUUUAUUGACCUGUCGUCAAAUAAACUAACCAGACUAUCCGCCAAAUUGUUCCGGAUGAACAAGAACCUGAACAACUUUAUCGCAGAUAAUCAGAAUGGUUCUGGACUUGUACUAGAAGAUAAACUGUUCGCCGAUCUAAGAAGGCUUAUAAAAGUAUCUGUGUCCAACUGUAAAAUAACAGCGCUACCGGAAUGUCUCUUCGCUGGAGCUACCGGGAUAACAUUUAUCGACUUCAGCAGCAACAAGCUGCAAAGCCUUCCAGAACAUUUGUUUCGUGGUUUGUCCAACUUGCGGUGGCUUUAUUUACAGGACAACGAGCUAAUGAGAAUGCUACCAGACACCCUGCUGCAGGAUGCAAUCAAUUUGCGUGUUCUUCACCUUUGCUAUAACAAACUAACCAUGCUGAACAAACAUCUACUGAAAUCUCUAAGACCUUUGGAAAAGUUACAUCUCGAACAUAACCAGCUACAUAUGAUCGAUGUGGAUGCGUUCACGUCACAGACAGAGUCCCUAAUAACGCUCAAUCUCAGUCACAACAGCAUUACGCUAAAUGAAGAUGAUAGAGAUGUAUUCUACAGCAAUGAGGAAAUCAACAUUACAUCCGGGAUUAUUUUCAACACUUUGAACAAAGUUCAGUACCUGGAUCUUUCGUUUAAUGCAAUUGUAAAAAUAUUAGAUUCCUUUAAUUCUAUGAAAGGCCUUCGUACGCUCGACCUAUCUCACAACCUGAUCACACACAUUGGCUAUAAAGACUUGCUAUUUCCAUUACCCAAUAUCGAUCUAGUUAAUUUGGAGUCAAACAAGAUUGCCCAUCUCGACUUCGACCGUAGCCGGAUUGAAACGCGCCAUCGCUUACCGAAGGAAAUUCUUCUUGCUAAUAAUCCACUCAACUGUGACUGCAUGUCCUACCAGUUAGUAACAUAUCUAAAAGCGGAACCAGACUCCAGUAAAUCGUUCCUACUAAAGGGACUUCAAUGUGCUCAGCCGUCCAAACUGUUUGGACUCCAACCGCAAGACGUGCAACUGGAGGAUUUGGUUUGCGAAAUUGAUACCUUUUCGGAAUUCUGUCCGGCCGAGUGUAAAUGCUACAAACGGGCCGUAGAUCAAUGUGCCAUAGUAAACUGUAACGCAGCGAACCUUACCCGUGUGCCCAUCAUCCACAGCCCCUCUAACAUCGGGUGCAAUUUUAUCGAGCUGCAUCUGGCACAGAAUAAACUGCAUUAUCUAUCCAACGCGGGUGAGGGAUGGAAUUUCGUUCGUUGGCUUAACGUAUCAAACAACAGCCUUGGCACUUUGUCUGCAGAAAGUCUACCCGAAAUGCUUGAGCUGCUCGAUGUCUCUAGCAAUCAAUUAACCGAUAUCGAUGCCGCCCUCAUAGUCAAAUUAAAUCAAUCCACCCUGCAUAACAUAAGCCUUGCGUUGAAUCCAUGGGAUUGUUAUUGUGAAAAUCAACUGCUUACCUUUGUAGUCGAUAAUGUAGCGCGCAUAACCGAUUACUACACCCUCCAGUGUAUCGACGGUAAACCGAUCAAUCUGGCUACUUUGAAAGAGCUGUGUGGUACGAUAAUUUUGUCUCGUUUGUAUAUAAGCGUGGCAGUUUCAAUGGCGUCGGUUGGCUGUUUGCUCUGCAUAUGGUUGUAUGCAAAAUUCAACUUGGCGAUCAAAGUGUGGCUUUUUAGGCAUAACUUGCUGCAGUGGUUGGUUACGGAGGAGCAUACUGAUAUGAAUAAGAGAUACGACGCAUUCAUCUCAUACUCGCACAAGGAUGAGGAUUUCGUCACGAAGGAACUGUUGCCGAGGCUUGAGAGCGAAGAGCUCAACUUCAAAAUCUGCUGGCACGUGCGUGACUUUGUGCCGGGGGAGAUGAUCGCCAACGAGAUAGCGAAAGCUGUUGAAGAAUCGCGUCGCACAAUUAUUAUCCUCUCGCUCAAUUAUAUCGAGUCCAUGUGGAGCCAAAUGGAAUUCAGCACGGCGUACUUACAGUCGUUGGUAGACAAGCACAACCGUGUUAUUCCCAUCAUUUAUCAAGACAUUGGAGAUAUUAAUCAACUCGAUCCACAGCUUCGAGCGUACCUCAAGACCAACACGUAUGUCCGCUGGGAUGAUCCGUGGUUCUGGGAUAAGCUGCACUACGCCAUGCCUCGUAAGCGUCGGCCGAAGGAUGUGCAGACAACCGACAACAUGCGCAUGGCUUCGGUGGAUAAAUUAAAUUUGCCGAUCAUCAUGACGCCUCCUAUCAAAUAAAAAAAAAUCUCAUUUAUUUUCACUCCAGCUAAAUAUAGAGAUAGAGAUAAUAUAGUGAAUCGAGCAUGCAGUUGGCAUGUCAUUUACGGCACUAAGAGCAUUCGAUUUAAGUAGUGAUAAGCGUAAAGUGUAAUAUAAAAUCUUACAAUUAGUUAUAAUUAAUUUAUAGAAGAAUGACAGUUUGUACAUAUAGUGGCUUACUGAUAAUACAGCUGCAAAGGAUUUGUGCUGUCAGAUGACAUGUACUGCCCAUACAAUUUAAUUUGUUGGAACAAGCUUGUCCUCUCUGAGACAAUUAUGCGUAUUCUAAUUCUUAAUGUCAAUUAAUUUUGGAGACCCAUCUAAACAACAGAUCAGCCGCCUCUGAUGCCUCUGAGCCAUGAGAAAAGGCAUAGCACGCAUUUUGUUCUACAUAUUCGUCGUGGUAAACGGCAACGGCAAACAUACACAUACCAAAUCUUAAAGCGAUCUCAAAUACGAGAAGACGUUUCAUUACAGCCACAUUGCCAAUUUUGUUCUGUUUCUCAUUAAGUAAUUUAAUUAGGCCUGAUGAUUUUACAUCAAUUAUGGAUGGUGUAAUAUUUUAUUUAUGAAAUAAAACUAACAGCCAUCUCUACAGCAAUGAAAUCUUGUUGAAAACACUGACAAACUAAAAUCAACUGUAAAUGUCCAUGAACUUUGUUUUAUUUAGGCGUACUGUCCUGCGCCGUUGCGCUGGGCGAUACUCUGUCCUUGAUUGAACAAUGUUCAGCAAGGCAUCAGCAAUUCAGUUGGUCGUUAAAUGUUUAUUUAUAGUUGAACUCUGUUCAAGAGCUUCUUCACAUUGGUUGCUUGGUCUUGAAAACAGUGUAUGUUCAACAGUUCUUAGUACGACGUAUUGGGUUUCACUGUAAAGUCGUCAACUCGUACGACAUGGGUUCAAGUCUCGUAUGGACUCUGCUCGUGUGCACCUCAUACGUAGGAUUGUUUAUCUUGCUAGAUAUGAGUAAUCUAUAAGUAACGGAUCGUUAAGCUCAUUAGUGCUUAGGCAGAAGUAGAAUAAGAAGAAAAGUUAAAAUGAAGUUUUGUAUCCGUGAUAUCCGUUUAUCACAAUCGUUUCAAGCAUGGUGCCGCUGUCAUGGAAUCGCAAAAGCGUCUCGAGGCCUUGGGAUGAAUCAUAAAGCCUCAUGUAACAUUGUGGCGAUGAUUGUGAGCUAUAUCGGUAUUUUUACAGUUUUUGCUAUGUAUGCUGCAAAAUUUACCGGCCACUGUUACAUAAGAACAGUAACGCAUUUUUUGACAAAAUCUCUAAACCCAUUCCUAUGACAGCAGCUACCGGUUUUGAAAAUGAAGCGAGUGGUUGUUGAACACCUCCCUUACAAAAGUGAUAUUAAAAUGUGAUUAAAAUUUAUGUCAGCUUGUAGGAAAACCAGUUUAUCUAACAAGUGUAAAUUAAGAUUGAUAUUUCUUUCAAAUUUACGUGGGCUUUAACUUAACUGUCAGUUUGGUUUUGCUGGAAAGGGAUGGCAGUGUAUAUUUUCAUGGUUUUUAGUGUUUUAGUUUGGGGAUUAACAGUGCAUUUUGAGUUGCACAAAUUAAUUUUAUUUUACUCGUGUGGUAUUUCUUCUCACUUUGAGUGGUAAUUAACAAUUGCUUUGCUUAUUCUAAAACCGAUCAUUACAUUAUAUUGUAUCGUAUCAAAAUGACCGAAUGAAUAUACAUAUGUUUUCGUUCCAUUGGACUGUUAUUGAAUAGAGGAAAAACGAUCGGAACUAAUCCCAAAUUGUCAAUUAAUGUUAUUGUUAUAAACCAACUAAAAACACUUUGUUGUCUUACUUUCUUGUUCAAUGUAAUUGCUAAUAUUUACAAAAGUGUCUAUUUUCAUUAUUGUUAAACUAUAUAAAUGCACAUGUUAAUUAUACGACAAAAUAUGAAAUUUCUCCUCCCCGACGGGGAAUCGAACCCCGGUCUCCCGCGUGACAGGCGGGGAUACUGACCACUAUACUAUCGAGGAUGUUAAAUAAUUGCCGCGUAUUUAGAGGACUGGUCAGCAGCAUGUUUGGUAGUGCAUAAUUUUUACUUUACAAAUAACGCCACUCUCAAAAUUAUUUGCGGAGCCCUGGAUCUCCAAAGUCAAUAUCCACACGACUGAGAUCUCAGUUAUGAUAAACUCUCAAUCAAUCUCUCUCAAUAGGAAAAACUCUCAUUAUGGGAAGCCCUAGUUACUACAUAAAACAGGUUGUUCAUUAGAUACACCAUUACAGGGGUUUCCAGAGGUUCUCAUAGUUGUGGGACAGUUCCUUGACUUUUACUUUUGGGAAGUGGACAAAGUUCCCAUUACAUUAAGUUCAUUUCACUUCAGAAAUAGUCAAUAAAGUGUCCCACAGCUAUUAGAACUCCUGGAAAACCCUGUAAUGAGGACCGCGGAUAAACUGUAUUUUUAAUUUCCUUGUGAGUAAAAUUUCGCGACACUCAGAUAUAAUAUCAAGUUUAGCGAAUAAAAAUCGUUAUUCGAUAUGAUUCUUACUUAAUUUGUUUUGUUUUUGAUAAAUGUUAGUAUACAAAACAAGAAUUUAUUUUGACAAUUUGUCACUUGAUAGUUAGAAUCGUUAGUUCGAUGAUGAAGAAAAUGCUAGUAAAAAAUUAUUUUAUUUACACUCUAAAUAAAUGAAAAUUUCGGUAAAAAUAAUUUUGGCCAUUAAUACUAUUCCAUAUUCCAUUCCAAACAAAUGAAAUAACUAUUUAUCUAGAGCUCAAUCGUUGUUACUCUUUGUUGCUUUUAAAUUUGCAUGAUCCAUGGAUCCUCUGUUGAAUAUGGAACUCUUAUGCAAUAUAAUGAUUUUUGAGAAUAAAUUAUCUUAAAUUAUUUUUAAAUAGUUCUCAAAUUCGCAUUAAAUUUAUUGCAAAAAAUAUUUUUGUCUUUCAUAGUUUCAAUUAAAUUUUUCAAGAGUUAGAUAAAUAAUGAAGCUUUGUAUAGAAGAAGGCAAAACUACCACCAAUUGUAUAACAAUAGCAUGCUUCUGACAAAUUCCAGUAAUUCUAGAUAAAGAAAGCAAAGAAACAAGUUUUGCUUGCUUUAUUUUAUUUACUCUCAUCCGAAAGUACACAACAAAUUCUAUAUUUAUAAAAUAAACAAUUUUCUCCCCGACGGGGAAUCGAACCCCGGUCUCCCGCGUGACAGGCGGGGAUACUGACCACUAUACUAUCGAGGAAGUUAUAAUCAACUUGUUUAAUUACACCAUGCAUGAACAGCAUAGUAGCAAAGACUCUUACAGCUAUCAUGUCUAUGGUCGUGUCUAAUCUAUUUUUACCGGACAAAUUGAUUAAAAAUGAAUGUGAGGGAUUGAAUUGUUUAAUUUAAAUUUUAGGUUCAUACAAACAGAAACUGUAGCUCUAAGUUUUGUUCUGUCUUGAUAUUCUUGAUAUGGUGGAAAUUUUUGUAAUAGGCAAUAUUAAGAAAUUACGUUGGGCAACGACUGUUUGAUCUGCAUAACAAGAUGUAUUUAUGGUGGCGGCAUGUAUAGCGCAUUCUCUUAAUUUGUUUUUUUUUUUUUCAAAAAAGCAAUAGUGCAACAAGUAGUGAAUAAAGAAUGACCAUUUUUAUUCGAAACAUCGGAAUAUCUUACAUUGUUCUAAAGAUUCACAUCUAAAGAUUUGAACGCUUGUUCAAUUUUGCAGAAUAUGAUUAAAAAUUCGUUCAAACUAAAAUUUAACUAAACUUGUUUAAAACGACUAACUCUGUUAGUUGAAACUAGUAAUUUUAACGAAUUCAUGUAAAAGAUGCUGAAAAGUAAAAAUGGACAAAAUUUUCGAUGAAAUAUUUAAAGUGCUAUUUUUUCAAGAAAAAUAAAAUAAGUUAAAUCAGAGAUACAAAACCAACUAUAGUACAAGUGCAAGAGAAAAUAAAAAGGAGAUACAAUAAAAUACGGAAAUUGUGAAAAAUUUAAACCAACAAAAAAUGUUACAACGAUAAAAUAUAACAUAAAUCAUAACAAAAAUUAAUACAACAAUAAUAUUUUAACAUAAAAAAACCUAAUAAAUUUACCUUUAACAACGUUUACGUAUAAAGUACCCUUACACAAUGAUUUGAAUUAUAUCGUUAUUAUAUCGUAAAAUUCCGCUAUAAUUUAACGCAUCAAUUAUUUUGACUGUUUUAAUAAGCCUGCAAGGAGUUCGAUGAGGCUUACUAAUAUACAGGUUGUGGCCGAGAUACGUAUAGGUUGAAUUUCAUGAUUUCCGUAUAAAUGUUCACGAAUUGUUGUGUAAAUUGAUUAUUUAAUAUAAUAAAAAUUAAAAUUUGAA